AUGGACAUGCAGGAGAUAAUAACACACACGACAGACAUCACAUUGGACGACGAAGAACAAGGUGUCCGGUUCGAGGAUGAAGAUCUCGGCGUCCAAGCCCUACCGGCGUCGAAGGAAACCUGGACCAUUGUUGGCCGGUUUUUGACGGAUCGGAUUCUCAAGACCAAGGUGAUGAAGCGUGUUAUGGCUUCGGCUUGGAAGCCUCUGAUGGGUAUUGAGAUAACGGAUGUGCAGCCCAAUUUGUUCUUGUUCACCUUCUUUGAUGAACCGGACAUGAAACGAGUUAUGGAUGAGGGGCCUUGGGCGUUUGAGAAUGCAACGCUGCUAUGCCAAGUCCUGAACGAUGGUGAAGAUCCACUACAGGUUAGUCUAGACACUGUGGACUUAUGGGUACAGGUUUCGGACAUCCCCCAGGGAUACCGUACGGUUAAAGUGUUGGAAAGAAUUGGAGACUAUGUUGGGGUUUUCUUGCGCUAUGAUGAGCGAAAUUUUGAGAGACAGUGGACUUCCUUCUAUAGAGUUAGAGUCACCCAUGAUGUCUCAAACCCCUUAAAGCGGCGGAUGAAGAUGAUUCUGAGAGAUGGGUCCUGGACAUGGAUUAACUUUAAAUAUGAACGCCUCCACAUGUUUUGCUUUUUUUGUGGAAGAAUGGGCCAUACGGAUAAAUUUUGCUUGCAAGCUCGCCGUUCGUUGUUGAGGCCGGAACAGUAUCCGUUUGGUGUGUCGAUGAGGGUGGGGGGUACGAGUCCGGCGAAGGUGUUGGGGGAAAAAUGGUUUCAACUAGGCCAAGAGAGGAGGCGUGAGAUUGGCUAUGGGAGUGAGGGAGGGAGAACGGCGGUGGGAGUUGGGGUGGGAAGGAGUGGGCAGUCUCGGGUGGAGGUGACUAAGUCUACGGCUGGGGUGGGUUCGGGAUUUGGGGGUGUGGAUGGGGUGGGCGGUGAGGGCGCUGGUGGUGAGGGGGUGGGGGUUCGGGUAGAUCCGAAAAGACGGAGGACGGACAUCGGGGAGGUGAGUGCUUUGAAUGGGGACAUGGUUGUUGAUUCUGAUUCUUUGAUGGCGGGACCUGUGGAUCAGGUCCGCCGAUCCCAAUGA